CACUUACGCCUCGCUUCUGGACACACCCGCGUUAAAGAUGGUGAAAGCCUCAGCCACUAGUAGCUUGAAAGCGAACCAGUGCACGUGGCUCACCGCCUCACCCUGCCUCACUUCUUCCUCUCUACCCAGAAGAAUCCGCAGAUUACGCUAUCACCGUAAUCAGAGGGAAACCUUGGGGAUCGGUUGUGGAAACGACGACAAUGGAGAAAUCUACUGCUGAUUCCAGCAACCAGCCGCUUGAGAAGAGUGAGCCUGAAACUGGGUGCCUCUCAAUCAUCGUUCUUGGCGCUUCUGGUGAUCUCGCCAAGAAGAAGACAUUUCCCGCCCUUUUCAAUCUUUACCGCCAGAGAUUCAUUCAAUCCUGUGAAUUUCACAUCUUUGGGUAUGCAAGGACUGAAAUGUCAGAUGAUGAUCUCAGAAGCCGUAUACGCAGUUAUCUAGAGAAGGGUUCAGUUAAGGCUGAAGAUGUAUCAGAGUUCUUGCAACUGAUGAAGUAUACAAGUGGUUCAUAUGAUACCGAGGAAGGAUUCCGGUUGUUGGAUAAGCAAAUUUCGGAGCAUGAAGAUGCCAAAAGUAGUGCAAAUGGAAGUUGUAGAAGGUUGUUUUAUCUUGCACUUCCUCCCUCGGUUUAUCCUGUCGUCUGCAAGAUGAUCAAGUUAUGCUGUAUGAACAAAUCUGAUCUUGGUGGAUGGACAAGAAUCGUUGUUGAGAAGCCAUUUGGCAAAGAUUUGGAAUCCGCAGAGAAGCUUAGUUCCCAGAUAGGAGAGUUGUUUGGGGAGCAUCAGAUUUACCGCAUUGAUCACUACUUGGGGAAAGAAAUGGUGCAGAAUUUGUUGGUGCUUCGAUUUGCAAAUCGCCUGUUUGUACCACUCUGGAACCGUGAUAACAUUGACAAUGUCCAGAUUGUUUUCCGUGAGGAUUUUGGGAUAGAAGGCCGUGGUGGAUAUUUUGAUGAAUAUGGAAUAAUUAGAGAUAUCAUUCAAAACCAUCUUUUGCAAGUUCUUUGCCUUGUAGCCAUGGAAAAGCCCGUUUCUUUGGAUUCUGAGCAUAUCAGGGAUGAAAAAGUUAAGGUUCUUCAGUCUGUAGAGCCAAUCAAAGAUGAAGAGGUAGUUCUAGGACAGUACCAUGGCUACCGAGAUGAUUCAAAAGUUCCUGACCACUCGAACACCCCUACAUUUGCCUCCAUCAUUCUCCGAAUCCACAACGAAAGAUGGGAAGGUGUUCCUUUCAUUCUGAAGGCAGGGAAAGCAUUGAGCUCCAAAAAGGCAGAUAUUCGAGUCCAGUUCAAGGAUGUACCUGGUGAUAUAUUCAAUUGCGAAAAGCAAGGAAGAAAUGAGUUCGUUAUGCGACUGCAGCCCUCAGAAGCCAUGUACAUGAAAGUGGCAGUUAAGCAGCCAGGACUGGAGAUGUCAACUGUCCAGAGUGAGCUAGACUUGUCGUACAAACAACGUUAUCAUGGAGUCACCAUUCCAGAUGCUUACGAACGCCUCCUCCUCGACACUAUUCAUGGCGACCAGCAGCAUUUUGUACGUAGAGACGAGUUGAAGGCUGCAUGGGAUAUAUUCACACCCCUUCUGCACAGGAUCGACAAUGGCGAGCUGAAACCCAUUUCGUACCAACAGGGGAGCAGGGGGCCUGCAGAAGCCGACGAGCUGCUGCUGAGAGCUGGCUACAUCCGAACUCAUGGCUACAGAUGGAUUCCUCCAGCAUUGUAAAGAGAAUAUCAAGUGGAAAUGGAAGAACAGCUUGUGGCUUUGAGGGAACUAGUGAAACUUUUACUAGGCCCCUUUGCUUAAUGUUUCUAGCUACUUGUGUCACAUGCUUAGAAGUUAAGUACUUUGAGUGGAGAAUUUAGAAGUUUCUCACUUCUCAGCAGUUCACUUGUAUCAUGUACUUAAAGAAAGUCGAAUUACACGUUCAUAAAUUUGAUACACUUCA